AUGAAGGGAGUGAAAAGAUUUGGCAAAGUGGAAGAGCUGAGUCCAAGAUUUGUAGGACCAUUUGAGAUUUCAGAAAGGAUUGGAAAAGUGGCUUAUAGGUUGAUUCUGCCAGCACACAUGAGUGGAGUACAUAAUGUGUUUAAUAUUUCCUCCUUAAGGAAAUAUAUUUUAGAUAAGGUCCAGAGGAUUAAUACAGAUGUGGUAGACAUUAAACCUGACUUGACAUUUGUUAACGAACCAGAGAAGAUUCUUGACUUUGAGGUUAAGCAGUUGAGGAGCAGAGCGAUUCCUUUUGUUAAGGUGCUUUGGAAGCACAGUUCAGAGAAGGAUGCCACCUGGGAGAAAGAUGCAGAAAUGAGGGAGACCUACCCUUAUUUGUUUAACUAA